AUGCCCCUCGACCUGCAAGAGCUGAGUGCAAAAGCAGCUAAAGAGGGAGAAGCAUUCGAAAGACAACAAGAAGCGAAGAGCGCUGCACCCGAAUCGUUUAAUCCUCUGAACGACAAGACGGUGAAAGCGUAUGCUAGCGAAGUGCGAAAAAUGAUCGAAUCGGCUGACAUAAUCAUCCAGGUUUUGGAUGCCCGUGAUCCACUUGGAAGUCGAAGUAAUUCCGUUGAACAACAGGUUAUCAGCAGUGGUAAACGCCUUGUUCUUCUUCUCAAUAAGAUCGAUCUGGUUCCGAGGGAAAACGUCGCAAAGUGGCUUACGUACCUAAGGACGCAAAUGCCGACGAUAGCAUUCAAAGCUAGCACGCAAGAACAAAAUACUAACAUUAGUCGAUUCAGCAGCUCUAAUCUCAACAACUCGUCAUCCUCAAGGUGCAUUGGAGCGGAUUUGGUGAUGAAGCUGUUAGGAAAUUAUUGUCGCAAUAAAGACAUUAAGACCAGCAUCCGCGUUGGAGUAGUUGGAUUUCCAAAUGUUGGUAAAAGCAGUGUGAUAAACAGUUUGAAAAGACGACGUGCCUGCAAUGUUGGAGCGCUGCCUGGUAUCACAAAGGAAAUACAGGAAAUUGAAUUGGACAAACACAUUCGACUUAUCGAUUCUCCCGGAGUGGUUCUACUAAGCGCAAAAGAUCUUGAUCCUGUUGAGGUAGCCCUUAGAAAUGCGAUUCGUGUGGAUAAUUUAAUGGAUCCCAUUGCUCCUGUAAUCGCAAUUUUGAGAAGAUGCUCGAAACAAACG